UUUUCUCCCUUCAAUCACUCAAUUUAAUCAUCAUUUUUUUCUUCUUUAACAAUUGCUCUGUUUCCGCUUCGAUUUGAAAAUGAUGACUUUUUGAAAUAAUAUUUUGUAGGUUUACAGAGUUGUCUUCUUCCAAACUCCCUUGAAAAGAGUUGAUAUAAUAUGGCUGGGAUGGAAGACAAUGUACCUGUGAUUGGUGACUGGCCAUCUCCAAACAUUAGCCCAAGAACAUUUUUUUCAGACUUCAUAGCUAAACAAUGUAGCUCUAGAUUUAUCUCUGAUGAUUCCGAGCAAAAAACUGAUGGAUCUCUCCCAGAAUCAGGAGAGCCGGACGAGAACCAGGAUUGUGAGCCUGGGCAGCUUUCAAAAGAACAUUUAACAGAGAUGAACUCAUCUAAUGCAUCAAAUUCCAGCAUCCGAGGUGGAUUGUCUGAGAGAAUUGCUGCAAGGGCUGGGUUUCGUAAUUUAUUCCUUGAUACAUCGCAGAUCAGGAAAACAACUAGGCUUCCUUUCACAACUAAAGAUCAUCGUUCCCCUUUGCUUACCAUUCCUCCUGGUAUAAGCCCAACAAUGCUGCUGAGCUCGCCAAUAUGUGCUUCUAAUUCCGUGACCGAGCCAUUUCCGACUACAGGCAAGAUGGACUUUAUGGAAUGUGAUAAUAUUACAGCUGCUGUUAUUAAUGGGAAUACAAAUCAUACUACUGAAGAUGUUGAUCCUGCAUCAUUUUCCUUGAAGCAGCCUCUAUUAUAUCUUUCUUGUGCAGAAACACAGCCAGAAUUGAAUGUCCAUUCUCAGCAGCCCAACCCUCAAGAUGAGUUUUCCAAAUUGUCUAAAGAAAAUGAUUCUCAAGAAGCUGAUGCCAAUCAAAAAGGAGAUUACACUUCAAGUUCUCUCGAUGCUCCAGCCGAGGAUGGAUACAACUGGCGCAAGUAUGGUCAGAAGCAGGUGAAGGGGAGCGAAUAUCCUCGAAGUUACUACAAAUGUACUCAUCCAAAUUGUGAGGCAAAGAAGAAGGUGGAGCGCUCUCUCAACGGCCAAAUCACAGAGAUAAUCUACAAGGGACGUCAUAACCAUUUCAAAUCUUCCACAAUUCACAGAUCUUCUUUCUCGUCUUCUCCCUCUGGGAAUGACUUCCAGAUCGAUGAUUUAGAGCAGAACGAAUGCAGUCAAGACGAAUUCAAUGCUAACCAAAACGGUUUCAUUCCAGUCGAACAGUGUGAGCGAUCUAACCCUUCAUCAUUGUUGUCAAAUGAUGAUGAGGAUGAACAGGUGACUCAUGGAAGUGGAUCUAUAAGUGGUGAUGGUGAUGGAGAUGAGACUGAAUCUAAAAGAAGGAAGCUAGAUGCUUGUGCACUUGAAAUGAGUGCAGCUUCGAGAGCAGGUCGUGAGCCGAGAGUUGUAUUUCAGACAACCAGUGCAAUAGAUAUACUCGAAGAUGGGUAUCGCUGGCGCAAAUAUGGGCAGAAGGUGGUUAAAGGAAAUCCAAAUCCAAGGAGUUACUAUAAGUGCACCAAUCCGGGCUGCACGGUUCGCAAACACGUGGAACGGGCAUCGCAUGAUCUCAAUUCAGUGAUCACAACCUAUGAGGGGAAGCACAACCAUGAACUCCCAAUAGGAAGAACUGGUAAUCCAUCAAGCUCGCCGGCUUCCUCAAGCAUUACUAACACAGCACCACCUCCUUCCUGCCUUCUUCAGGGAAAGGCUGAACCAGCCAGAUUGCCAGUUUGCUUAGGCAGGUUUGAUAGCCAUGCACCUCUACACUCUUUCAGAGCUGUCUCCAAUUUCUCCCAUGUGAUGGCACGUCAUGGCUUUGAUCCAAGAUUUUCCAUGGCUGGUUUUGGAAGCUUGGCAUCAUUAAAAAUGCCCGUUCUCCCUCCAACUUCUGCUUGUAUGUCUCAAAAUCAGCUGGGCAGUGCAGUAGGCUUCAUGAUGCCAAAAAUUGUUCCCAAGGAAGAACCAGCAGCCAACUCCAGACCAUCAGUUUCCGGAAGAAGUGAUUAUGAGGAGUACAACACAGCUAUGGAGCAUCUCAAUAUAGGUAACCGAGAUGUAGUAUUUCCUCGGUACCUAAGAUAUCCACCAUAUGAGCCUACUGUUGCUUGGCGUAGUGAUGAUAGUGAUGACGAAGAUGAUGCUUAG